CUAUCUGUCAUCCACUUUUUGCAAUAGCGGUAAAACCUAUUUUGACAGCACGGUGAACAUUUACAGUGAAAUUUAAGUGCGCGACUACAAUAGAAAUUAUUAUUUGAAUGACAAUUGUGUAAUAUUUACUAAGCUGCAGGAUUAGGAGUACCAAAAUCUGCAUAAGAUCAAGGAUUCUUUAUCUACGGACCUAAAUGCAGGGCUUUUUUUUCAACAUUGUCCUGCAAUCUUCAGCUUUUAUACAAAUAGGAAAGCAGAAUUUAUCUAAAUACGUUUUCAAUACGUAAUUCGAAAAUGGAAGAAAAGCAAAAAGCUGAUGCAACAAAGCGAUUCUUGAUAGUAACUAUUGUGAUACUUGGAAUUGCGUGUAUAUGUUUGCUCGUUGGACUUCUGGUGGUUCUCCAGAAAGAUGGCGAUGGAAAGGACAAAAUAGUUCAUUGUGAAGUAGAGGAUAUGUUUAAACAUCAGACGGAACCCGAAAAUCCUGGAGUUUUCGAAGAACUUACGAACAAAGAAAUUGAAGGUUUAAAAGAAUAUUUGUAUGAACAAGCUGGAUUGGACUUGGUCCGUCCGUCGAAAAGCAAAAGGAAUGCUAACUACAUAUUUGUUGCAGAGCUACAUCUUCCAAAUAAGACAGAUGUUAUAGGUCAUCUUGAUAACGGAGCGGCACAGCCUCCACGAGAAGCAAAGGUCAUAGUUAUUCGUGGAAAGCAACCAGACACAUGGAUAAAUGAGUUAGUGGUUGGUCCCUUGCCGACACCAACAUACCACAAACCUCUUCCAGGUAUCAAUGCAACGUUGCCUUAUUUCUACAGACCAAUGACAGAAGAAGAUUACGGGUCUGUUACAACUUCUAUCACUAAUCAGGUUCAUGAAACACUUGGAAAUUUGAUUAACAAUUGUUUUGAUGCGAAACUCAAAGACUGUGGAAAUAAGUGUAUUGGGUUCCUGUAUGCCUCAUCAUUUUCUCCAGCUUCUAGCGGAGAACAGACGAGGAAAACUUGGUAUUGGCUGACAUAUGUCGUUGAAUAUUACACCCUUCACCCUGUGGACUUUUCUGUUUUGGCAAAUAUAAAACAAGACGGCGUCGAUAUUGAUGUUGUCUGGUUUAAGGGUAAUCAAUACAAGUCAAUGAAUGAAUUAACAUCUUUGUAUACAAACGGAACUGUAAAAUGUGAUCCGCAAACAUUUCCAACUGUUGACAAAAAUCUUUUCUCUGCUCCUCACAGGAGAGGACCUAUUCCUGAAACUGCAAACAAUAAACGUAGUCCUGUAUUUGUUCAGCCAGACGGUCAACGGUAUAAUGUAAAUGGGAGACGUGUCAACUAUAUGCAAUGGUCGUUUGAUUUUCGUUUGUCCACUUCUUAUGGUCCACAAGUGUAUGAUGUAAGAUUUAACAACAAGCGAAUCGUGUACGAAUUAGGAGUACAAGAGAUUUCUGUGUUUUAUUCUGGACACAGCCCCCAACAACGCUUCUCAGACUACAUGGAUUCCGCUGAACUUAUUGGACCAUCGGCACAGGGACUUGUGCCUGGCGUGGACUGUCCAAACCACGCAACAUUUUAUGACACAAAACAUAUAACGGAAACAUCGGAAAUUGCUGACGUCACCAAGAAUGUGUUUUGUUUAUUUGAAUUAAAUACCGGAGAACCACUACGAAGACACCACUCCUACUACGAAUCAGAAGGUAAAUUCUACGAAGGAAUGGAAAACGUAAUUUUAGUUCUUAGAACUAUUGUUACUGUAGUCAAUUACGACUAUGUGCUAGACUUCCGGUUUUAUCAAAAUGGCGUUAUUGAAGUUAAGAGCAUGUCCACAGGUUAUAUUCUGGCCAAUGCUUUCUCUGAAAUGGAGAGGAAAUAUGGAUUUCAGUUGCAUGAUUCAAUUGUUGCAAACUUCCAUACGCACCUUUUUCAUUUCAAAGCUGACUUGGAUGUUAAUGGACAAAGCAAUAGAUACGAGUUUAUUGAUAUCAAAUCUGAAACUGCACCAAAUGAGUUUUCAAAAAUUACAAGAUCAACGUACAGCCAGGGAUACAUAGAAACAUCAUUGAAAAGUACGGAGAAGGAUGCAGCUUACAAAUUUAAUUUUGAAACUCCUAAAUACCACAUAUUCUAUAACAAUAACACCCGGGAUGGAUACGGAAACCCAAUGGCAUACAGGCUCAUACAUAACGGUAUGGUUAAACAGGUAAUACCGGAAGGACACAAUAAGGAACCAGCUAUAAGCUGGGCCAGAUACCAGCAUGCUGUAACACAACAGAAGGACACCGAAGCUCACAGUAGUUCAAUGUAUUCCAUGUUUGAUACAGACGAUCAAGUAGUCAACUUUCUAGGAUAUAUUGAAGACGACAAAAGCAUCAAAGAUGAGGACCUCGUUCUGUGGGUGACUUUGGGUGUCCAUCAUAUUCCACACAAAGAAGAUCUUCCACUGACGACAUCAACGGGCGUUGCACCCAGUUUCUUUCUGCAACCUUUUAAUUACUUUUCCGAAGAUCCAGCGAUGUCCUCACCAAAUGCAAUACGAAUGGAGCCGAGGAACUCCGAAGUGUUCAUAGAACGAUACGGAAUGUCUCGAGAAUCUAAAACCACGUGCGUUCCCAGAAAGACAAACUUUGAAGACAAAAUUAAAACAGACACUGAUAUUGUUUUUGAGAAUUGAUUUAACCGUAGUUUUGAUUUUGUUUGCAUAACACUUCAGGACAAAAAUGUUUUUAUAUUGUAACCCCCUUGACACAGAAUGCAUUGUAUAGUUUAAAUUUGUUUAAGCCGAACAUCUGCACAACUUUUCAUUUAUCAAUAUUGUAGUCUACUUAAAUAUGUCAGGCUCUUUUUAUUCUUUUACUUGCAGUGUUGUUUUCUUCUCCUUCUUAGUCAAAUACAUCCAUUUUACAUACUUUAAAGAUAAAAGAAGACCUUUGAAAAGACUUAAACACUUACUAACCUUUAAAAUAGCAUAUAAUCUAACGUAGAGUUGAAACGACAGCUUUUGAUGGAAAGUCCUUGUAAAAUGCUCAUGACACCAUGACAGAUAUAUCAUAGGCUAAGGAGCAUGGCAUGGUGUCCUCUCUAUUGCUUCACCUACUGGUUAAAACAUUGAGGAGAAUUUGCAUGUGCCAUAUAUAAACUCCUCCUAUGGAAAUGCACCCGAAAGUAAACAUCAAUGUGAUCUUCUGUAAACUCAGAAUGAAAUCAAAUAGCUUGCUUUAUAUACAUACUCAAAUAUUAAGUAGUUCUGCACGUUUGAAAUAAUAUUUACAAUAUAAAAUUUCAUUAGAUUAUAUUCUUCAAUGUAUAAAUGUAUCCGAUGGACAUUCAGCCAAUAAAAGAGAUUAACCAAUUUGAAUGUAUUGCAAUUGGUCUUCCAGUCAAUUUUCAAAAUGGGCUUCUAUGAGAAAAGUGCACUUCUGAUAUAGAUAAUGUUCCACAAUGUGGAUUUUAAUGAUUUUCUUUUCUUGUAGAUUUACCUAUUUUCAAUCAUAUGACCAAAUAAAAUGUACAUCUUCGUGAGCUUCAUUUUUCAUAAUUCACCAUAUUUUGAAUGAAGUCCUUACUGCGUUGAUUAUUUCAUACUUUUUUACAUUAAACUUAUUUAAUGUCAAGACAUUUACGGUGGCUGUUUAACAUUUUAUACACAGGAUAUACUAGAUUACCCUUGCAACAUUACGCUCUCAGUAUAAUGGCUGCCGGACAUUGCUCUGUAGUUUCAGGAUAAUGACGUUACGCGAUCACUUCCAUUUUAUUAUAAUCAAACGUGAAAAACAACCUAAAUAUCAGAGACAAAAUAAUUUAAUAUAAAGUUGUCUUCUUGACCUAAUCUGAACAUAACUGAUUUAUAAAGCUUUUAACCAAAUUGAAUGGUUCUGACUGUCAUCUUUGAAAAUGCUGCUGGCAGCGAAACAAUAACGUAAAACAACGUUAUUUUAUUCAUUGUGGCGCCACCAGUAAAGGCACUGACCUCCAGAUUUGGGCUUAAAAUGAUCUUUUUUUUUAAAUUUAAGUUUGGUCAUAUUAAGAACAUUAGAAUAUGAGUUCUUGUUUCUAAAUUAUCUAAAAAAUUCCAAAUCAAGAAAAAGGAGCCAUUGUCGGAAAUCGAACCCGGGCCAUCGCGGCAAUAAAAAUAAUCUUUUUUCGUUGUCUUUCCUAAAACCGCCAUUGAGUAAUAAAUAUUGUAACGCGUUGAAUAUAAAUAUUUAUAAUUAAGUUUACCUCGUGUAAAGCGUUACAAACGCUUUUCGAUUUUCAUUGUAAAAAUAAGUAAAAACAACUAAUUCUCACGUGUUUUCAUAACAUAAAGUCUGUCAGUAAUUAAGUUUCAAAGCAUUCUUAAGAAAUAAAGCAUUAAUUUCCUGAUACCUAUAUUCUUUCUUUCUUUCUUUUAGUUGUUGUUGUCGUACGAUCUGGAGGCCAGAGCCUUUGAUAGUGACGUUACACAACAUGCCAAUUUCGAUAGAAUGCAAAGUGAUACAUACUGAAAGGCGGUAGGGUAAAAGUAAGCACGUUGCUAUUGAGAAAAGGCACUAGGAAAGGAAAAAUUAUUAGCACUCUUUUAUGUUUGGACUACGUGUAAGCGGAGGCUUACAUUCUAUCUGGUACUGAUCAGCCUAUAAGAAAAAAAAAAAAACUGUUUGACUUUCCGUGAAUUUGCAUUCAUUCUCAAGGUACACCUAUUUUACAAUGAUUCUGUCUAGUUUCGUCGGAAAUUACUGAGAAAAUCUACUGGAAUGACAAUUUAUUACAGGUCAACCCCCUCCCCAUCCCCAAAAUUACGCGAAAGGCACUGUGCAAGCAAUAUUUCAAUUUUCAUAACAUUAUUCGUGGAAUUUUCAUUCAAGAUCCAUUUAAUCGUUAUGGUGUUUGUCACUUUCAUUCAGAAACAUGCUAAUUUCAAUAAUAUUUAGACAAUUGCAGUGCUAAAAUGCGAGAAAAGACAUUUACUAGGUCCUAAAACCAAAAUAGAGCCACCUGGUCGAAAAUCGGGUCUAAAGUCCAAAAACACAAGAAAUGUAAGAGUUUUUCAGCAAUUUGUCGCCAUUUUAAUUCAUAGUGAAUAGAUUAAUGUCUUUUUCAUUGAUUUUCGAGGAGUUUGACAAAAUAUCAUGUGUUGCCCCUUAUAUGUUGAACACAAUUAAAUCCGGCUGUUCUGUAUUUCAUAUAAAUCCACUUACUUCAUAACGGUUUUUUCGACAUUUUCUAGCAUAUCAGAUUUUCAGAGACUUAUAUCCCAUUAAAGAACUAGGUCCUACUUCAGAAAAACAAAGAGAAAAUGGGUGUUAACUUUUAUAUAAGAAAACUACAGUUCGUUAAAUACACCCCACUGAAUUUACUGCUUUUCGCUUCAUUCAAUUUCUUUUUUCGAGACAUUAAAUUCUUACGCCGCCAUUUUUACCAAGCAUGCGAUAGAAACACGCCAAUUUCGAUAGAAUGCAAAGUGAUAUAUACUGAAACGCGGUAGGGUAAAAUUAAGCAUGUUGCUGUUGAGAAAAUUCACUAGGAAAGGCAAAAAAAAAGAUCAGCACUCUUUAUAUUUGGACUACUUGUGAUAGACCAGUGGAGGCUUACAUUCUAUUUGGUAGUGAUCAGCCUUAUCUUGUGUUUCUUGUUAUGUUUGAGUUUUUAUAUCGCAUCUUCCCCUCACAUUCCCGACCAAGGUAAUAUGAAAGUCCCUUAGUUUUGCAUUGUUACCAAGUAACUUGGAUUCAGUGUUGUUGUAUUAUGUAUUGAGUACAGUUUAUCUUUAUAUGUCAUAUUUUCUGUUUAAGCCGGUGCUAGGUGGCGUAAGGGAUAGUGCACUUUUCAUUAUCCUCAUGGACAGACCCAAUAAAACCUAGUCUGCUAUUUAUUUGCUUUGCUGCAUUUUAUGGUUCUUGUUGAUAUCAUUUUGCGUUUGUAUGUACCUUUAAAGAUACCAAAGCAAUUGCUAUAGGAUACGUAAUCGAAUGCAAAUACAGAUAUUGAUGUAUAUAUAGAAAUGCACAUGAAAGAAGCAGUUGAACAUUUGUACCAUAUUAUGUUUGAUAUUGGUGUCAGAGCAGCGGCUAUACUUUGUAAUUGUGACCUUUCUUUCUAUGUUACAAAUGAAAUGACUUUGAUUAUUUGUACUCAAAAUAUCAGAAAAUAUCACAUCUAUUAACAUACCUUCACCAUGUGUUUAAAAUAUGUUAAAAUAUAGCACUCUUGAGGAUAAAUAACCAUUUUGUAAAGAUAUCCAAAUAUACAUUUCAUACGUAAUAGAAAUAUCACUACAAAAAUCAAAAAAUCUUUUGUUUACGUACAUGUUAAAGUUUGAAAAAAAAAGAAGAAAACAACAACAAAAAACAAUACACGUCCUUUCAAUUGUUUGCACAAAUUUUUAUUUUUAUUGUAAAUGAUAUUCAUGUACUAUAUCAUAAUGUGUAUACGUAAUACUAUUCAUUAAAUGUAUUAUAUAUCUAG